AUGGAAAACAGUAGCUCCGACCAAACCCUGCAAGAUGGCAAACUCUUCAGACACCUCAAUUCUCUUAUCGUCGCUCACCUUCGUCACAGCAAUCUCACUCAGGCUGCUACUGCUGUUGCUUCUGCAACAAUGACACCAUUGAAUGUAGAAGCCCCAUCCAACAAGCUUCUUGACUUGGUUGCUAAGGGUCUUGCAGCGGAAAAGGAUGAUGUGUCAAGAGGGACUUCGUCUUCUCCCUUUCAAGAUUUGGGUUCAUCAUUGCCCUUGCCCCGUCCCAGUGCAACAGCCAUUGAUUUCAGUUCUUUGGCAGAUUUAAAAGGUUCGUCAAAGAGUUUCCCAAAGCAUGAGACACGACACCUUUCAGAACACAAGAAUGUUGCCAGAUGUGCUAAGUUUAGUCCUGAUGGAAGGUUUGUAGCCACCGGAAGUGCAGAUACAUCAAUAAAGCUAUUUGAGGUUUCAAAGAUCAAGCAGACAUUGCUCCCAGAUGCAAAGGAUGGUCCUGUGCGGUCUGUUCUAAAAACAUAUUAUGACCAUACACAACCAAUAAAUGAUCUGGAUUUUCAUCCGCAAGGUACUAUCCUGGUUUCUGGAGCCAAAGAUCAGACAAUAAGGUUUUUUGAUGUUUCAAAAGCCAAUGCCAAGAGAUCAUACAGGCUUAUCCAGGACACACACAAUGUUCGCUCUGUAUCUUUUCACCCCUCAGGAGACUUUCUGUUGGCAGGCACUGAUCAUGCGAUUCCACAUUUAUAUGAUAUAAAUACCUUUCAGUGUUAUCUGUCAGCAAAUGUUCCAGAUAAUAGCCCUAAUGGAGCCAUAAACCAGGUUAGAUAUUCUUGUACAGGUUCAAUGUAUGUUACAGCAUCUAAAGAUGGUGCUAUUCGGUUAUGGGAUGGCGUCACUGCCAACUGUGUGCGCUCAAUAACUGCAGCACAUGCAACAGCAGAAGCUACCAGUGCAAUUUUCACAAGAGAUCAAAGGUUUGUCCUCUCCUGUGGGAAGGACUCUACCAUAAAGCUUUGGGAGGUUGGCUCUGGAAGAUUAGUCAAACAAUAUCUCGGUGCCGCACAUACACAACUAAGAUUUCAGGCUAUUUUUAACGCGACGGAAGAAUUUAUACUAUCCAUAGAUGAACUCAAUAACGAGGUCAUUAUCUGGGAUGCGAUGACAACGGAUAUAGUAGCAAAAUGGCCUUCUAAUCAUGUUGGUGCACCGCGCUGGCUUGAACAUUCUCCAGUAGAGUCCGCCUUUAUUUCAUGUGGAACUGAUAGAUCAAUUCGGUUCUGGAAGGAGGUUUAA